UCAGUUUUGUCACACAGAAAAAGGAAACGUACCUUUACAUAUCCUUAUUGUUGAGCAAACCAAUUAGAAUAGAUGGUUUUCAGGGUUUUCCUUUACGAAAUGAAGAGCGCCUUGUUAGUUUCUGUGUUGAACAUUCUUUCGCUUGCGAUCGUCACAUAUGGCUCCACGUGUGGUCAACCAAUCUCUCCUCAUGGCUCAGUCAUCAUCCAUCCUACUAGGCGAGAGAAGUACCAAAACGGCGAUGUUAUUCUCUUUGGCUGUAAACAGGGCUUUUAUCUGGAUGGAAUGCCAAUUAUAACAUGCAAUGGGAACAAAUGGACACAGUCACACUUCCGAUGUCUGGGGUUUUGUCCGGAUGUGCGUAACAUUUUAAAUGGUAAAGUAUCCCAUGUGACCCCGCAAGUUGGUAAGGCAGCCAUAGAAUUUCGGUGUGAAAAUAAAAGUUUCCAGCUGAUCGGUAGGACAAGGCUAGAGUGCAUAGAUGGACAAUGGAAUGGAAAGUUACCUUACUGUCAAAAGCUGCCGUCGUGUGUUCGUCUGCAAAGUCCGGCUAACGGUACUUUACAUGGUCAUGACAACAGCCAUGGCGCAGAGGCAAUAUUCACCUGUUUUACAGGUUUUGAUUUAUUUGGGGCUUCAACAUUAACUUGCAACAGAGGAAUGUGGAGCUCAAGUGUUCCAACUUGUAAAGCUUACUGCACGAAGAUUAGAGAUCCGCCAAAAGGGCACGUGCUUCGCUCACACUUCUCACACGGACAAGUGGUUUCUUUCAAAUGCAAACAUGGCUAUGAGUUGGUUGGAGAUCGCACUCUUCGUUGCGUUAAUGGAAAAUGGAAUUCGUCUGUUCCCCAAUGCAAAGUGAUGCAAUGUGCGAAACCUUCCAUUCCAAGUAACUCACGUAUCAUUUAUCCACGAACGGAUCAAGCCAAAUACACACAUGGUACUACUCUUUAUCUGGCUUGUAAUGUAGGAAAUCUCCUGACAGGAUCGCCCAUUAUGGUGUGUAACUACACCAACUGGCUAAAAGGAGAAUUCAGAUGCAUCGCUUCAUGUCCCAUCCUUGGACCAAUAAGGAACGGAGUCAUCACACAUGUGACACGGAAGGGCGGUGGUAAAAUUGAAAUAAAAUGCCAUGCUCAUUAUAAGUUGGUCGGAUCCUCAACACUGAGCUGCAUAAAUGGAAAGUGGAACGACAGUAUUCCUUUGUGUAAAGCAUCCUGCUCUGACCCUGGGCGUCCAAGUCAUGGGAUAACCAUUGGAAGUGGUUUUGAACACGACUCAGUCGUAAACUUCAAAUGCUUACCCUAUCGUGUUUUAGAAGGCGCCUCGGAGUCAAAAUGUGUCAACGGGAGGUGGACUGCACAGCUUCCAAAUUGUAAAGAUUGCAACGAAAACCUGAGUGCCUCCAUGAUAGCUAAUAAGUGCCAAAUCCAUAAAAGGUGGACUCUUUUUGAGAUACAACUUCGAAAGAAAAGCAAGAUUACAGCGACAAGUAUUCAGCUGGGCGGCGAUAGAGGAAACGUUAAACGUGUUCGCAUCGAUGCGCUUCUUUCCGAUGCUGGAUGGGUACAAAUUGGUAAACGAUUCAAGCCACCUUUCAGUAAAGAAGUAAAAUUGGAACUUUCUCAACCGCUUAUCACUCAGUCUUUUCGAGUUCUACUUGAAACACGAAGGAAACUUUCCGUUUGUUCGACACCAGGAGUAUAUGGAUGUGACGCAGUACACUGGGGUUGUAUAAUACCAGGCUCCGCAGUCCUCUUCAAAGAAGGAGGAAAAUAUCAUGAAGGGCAUUUUGCAACUGCCCUGUCUUCUGGCGAGUGGGAAAUCGUCAAAGGAACAGAUUUCAAAUAUAUAAGCAAAGAUAAUGUAAAAAACGUAAUUCUUGAUGAGAAACCUACCGUCAGCCAGCUGCCUGAAGGAACUAUAGUCGUUGGAAAAGAUUUGAGAGGGAACUUAAAGAUGGGAAAAAUAAAACGAUCGUGUAGCUCUAAUCAGUGUACUAUUGAAACAAACGGUAAAGAGUGGCAGAGCAAAUUAGAAAACGUUCGAGUCUCCAAAGGAGAAUUGUGUAAAUAGUUUAUCUAAUAUAUCCGAAUUUCUUAACGUCCAAAGUGGGGUGGAGUCAGAUUGCACUGAACAAUUCCCUAUCUUUUUGUUCGGCGUGAUGAAAAAGAGGAUUUCCUGAACUUUGAUCUGCCAACAAGAUCAGAGAAUCUGCCAUAAUUUUCUCUUGGUCAACAUAUUGUUGUAAGAAAUCAGACAUUUCCUGAGCUUGCUUUUAUCGGAAAAUUAUUUUGUAAGGCUUAGCAAACUAUUGUGGUAAGCAGAUUGAUUGUCUUGCCAAAACCACAAAGAUAUCAUUAUGUUUAGGGCGGCAACCACCAUUUGUAGACAGCCAUUGGCAAGUCGCAUGCUAAGAUUUUUCCCGAUCUAAGGAGACAACGAUUGAAAAUGCAUAGAAAUGAUUUUACCACUCCCUCCUACUCAAAACAAAACUGUUUGCAACCUUUUCACAGCCUAUUUUGUGAAGAAGGUAAUUGCGAAUCCUUAUCUAUGGUUAUUUGUAUUUAUUCACUUUAGCUUUAAUUUUCAAUUUAACUAGUGCUUAAGUUUAUAGGAGAAAAGUCAAUUUUGAUAAAAUAUUUUUAUAAUAUA